AUGACAAAGUGGAUCAAAUUCAAUCAAUUGUCCGCAGGCAAAUCCACACUCAAUGACCGCAAAUCGCUGGAGGAGCAGGAGGUGUGCGUUGCCAGCGCUCUGCUGCAUGAUCCGCUGGACAGUGAACGCAUCUACGCCAUGGAUAAACUACUGCUGGCUAUUUGCGUAUUGGAACUACUAAUUUCUACCUGUAGCUACUUGCUGAUCGUCUCAUCAAUGCUGCGAAAAGUGCGCAGUCACAUAGAGCUCUACGAUCGCAUCGAUGCACUGGAUCGCGAGUUAAUGCGUGAUUUUGGUGCAAAUCUUAACUACCACAAAUUGCUGCUGAAGAAUCUCAUUGAGAUGAUCGCACUGUUGCUUACCUACUGGACAGCUGUUUACCGCACAGUGGCAUAUGCGGCGCCAACUAGGAAAGCGUACGCAUAUGCCGCAGCUAUGUUUUACUUGGCUUGCACCUUCGGACCGCAUUCCAUUUGCUUUUUGCAUUCCAACUUAGCACAAAUAAUAUACGUACGCUUUCGGCUUAUACAAAAAUUGCUUGACGCAAAUUAUUUGAGAACACAUUUUCCACAACCGCAGCUGUGUGCAGCGCGUCUACAGAAUCUCGUGGAUAUGGUGCUCGCUUUCCACAACGUAAUUGAUUCCAUCAAUGGGGUGUAUCGCACCAGCUUGAUGGUCGGGUUGACGCACGAUUUCACGCUGGCCUCCACGGCGCUCUACCUGCUCUUCGGGCAUUCUCUGGGCGGCAGUAUUGAUAGCCAACUUUUCGUAUGUAUCGCAAUAUGGCUAUUGCUGCCGCUGCAUAAAAUCUUCAGUGCACCCGUUCAUUGCGACAGCACAAUAGAAGAGGGUAAACGUUGCCUGCGUCUAAUCGAACAAAUCGACGUCUGGUUCCCGAACUUCAAAUCAGUCAAAUUGAUUGUAAACACCACAAUGCAUUGGCGACUGGAAAAUAAAAUCGAAUUUGCUUGCGGCUUGAAUAUGAUCUACAAUCGCGCUAUAAUUGCAACGAUUACGACAGUUAUAUUCAACUAUUUACUCAUACUCAUACAAUUUCGUAUGACCCAGAUAAUGGGCGAACAAAUCGAGGAACAGAAAAACAUAUUGCACGGUUGGAUUUACGAUUAG